CGGGAGCCGGAGUCGCCGCCGCCCGAGCGCAGCCGAGCGCACGCCGAGCCCGAUCGCCGCCGCCAUGGCCACCACGGUGACCUGCACCCGUUUCACCGACGAGUACCAGCUGUACGAGGAUAUUGGCAAGGGGGCUUUCUCUGUGGUCCGACGAUGCGUCAAGCUCUGUACCGGCCAUGAAUAUGCAGCCAAGAUCAUUAAUACCAAGAAGCUGUCCGCCAGAGAUCACCAGAAACUGGAGAGAGAGGCUCGGAUCUGUCGCCUGCUGAAGCAUUCCAACAUUGUACGUCUCCACGACAGCAUCUCUGAAGAAGGCUUCCACUACCUGGUCUUCGAUCUGGUCACUGGUGGGGAGCUCUUCGAAGACAUCGUGGCGAGAGAGUACUACAGCGAGGCUGAUGCCAGUCACUGCAUCCAGCAGAUCCUGGAAGCUGUUCUCCAUUGUCACCAAAUGGGGGUCGUCCACAGAGACCUCAAGCCUGAGAACCUGCUUCUGGCCAGCAAAUGCAAAGGGGCCGCAGUGAAACUGGCAGACUUCGGCCUGGCCAUCGAGGUGCAGGGAGACCAGCAGGCGUGGUUUGGAUUUGCGGGAACGCCGGGCUACCUGUCCCCUGAGGUCCUUCGGAAGGAGGCAUAUGGCAAACCCGUGGACAUCUGGGCAUGUGGGGUGAUCCUGUACAUCCUGCUGGUGGGCUACCCACCUUUCUGGGAUGAGGACCAGCACAAGCUAUACCAGCAGAUCAAGGCUGGGGCCUAUGAUUUCCCAUCCCCUGAGUGGGACACCGUUACUCCUGAAGCCAAAAACCUCAUCAACCAGAUGUUGACCAUCAACCCUGCCAAACGCAUCACGGCCCAUGAGGCCCUGAAGCAUCCAUGGGUCUGCCAACGCUCCACGGUGGCCUCUAUGAUGCACAGACAGGAGACUGUGGAAUGCCUGAAGAAGUUCAAUGCAAGGAGGAAGCUGAAGGGAGCCAUCCUCACCACUAUGCUGGCCACACGGAAUUUCUCAGCAGCCAAGAGUUUACUCAACAAGAAAGCAGAUGGAGUCAAGCCACAGACAAACAGCACCAAAAACAGCUCGGCCAUCACCAGCCCCAAAGGAUCCCUCCCUCCUGCUGCCCUGGAGUCUUCCGACAGCACCAACACAACCAUAGAGGAUGAAGAUGCCAAAGCCCCCAGGGUCCCUGAUGUCCUGAGCUUGGUGAGGAGGGGCUCAGGAGCCCCAGAAGCCGAGGGCCCCCUGUCCUGCCCAUCUCCAGUUCCCAUUAGUCCCCUUCCAGCCCCGUCCCCCAGGAUCUCUGACAUCCUGAGCUCGGUGAGAAGGGGCUGUGGAACCCCAGAAGCUGAGGGACCCCUAUCAGUGGGGCCCCCACCCUGCUUGUCUCCGGGUCUCCUAGGCCCCCUGCCCACCCCGUCCCCCAGGAUCUCUGACAUCCUCAACUCAGUGAGGCGGGGCUCAGGGACCCCAGAAGCUGAGGGCCUCCCACCAGUGGGCCCCCCACCCUGCCCAUCUCCGACUCUCCCUGGCCCCUUGCCCACCCCAUCCCGGAAGCAGGAGAUCAUCAAGACCACAGAGCAGCUCAUUGAGGCCGUCAACAACGGCGACUUUGAGGCCUAUGCGAAAAUCUGUGACCCAGGCCUGACCUCAUUUGAGCCUGAAGCUCUGGGCAACCUAGUCGAAGGGAUGGAUUUCCACAGAUUCUACUUCGAGAACCUGCUGGCCAAGAACAGCAAGCCGAUCCACACCACCAUCCUGAACCCGCACGUGCACGUCAUUGGUGAGGAUGCAGCCUGUAUUGCCUACAUCCGCCUCACACAGUACAUCGAUGGCCAGGGCCGGCCCCGAACCAGCCAGUCCGAAGAGACCCGCGUGUGGCACCGCCGUGAUGGCAAGUGGCAGAAUGUACAUUUCCACUGCUCGGGCGCUCCCGUGGCCCCACUGCAGUGAGAGCUGCGCCUGGUUUCACCGGACAGAGUUGGUGUUUGGAGCCCAGCCGCCCUCGGGCGCACGGCCUGCCUGUAGCAUGUUUGUGUCUGCCUCGUCCCCUCCCCUGGUGCCUGUGUCUGCAGAAAAACAAGACCAGAUGUGAUUUGUUUUUAAAAAUGAGAUGACAACAACAA